AGAGCAAGAGACAGAGAGAAGGAAAAGGGGAAGAGGAAGAAAGAGAGAGAGAAAGAGAAGAAGCAAUGAGAAAAAGAGGAGAGAGAUAGACAGAGAGAAGAUAAAGAGACAGAGAGGAAGAAAAGAGUGAGCAAGAGACUGAUAGAGAGAGAGAGAGAGAGAGAGAGAGAAAGAAGAGAGAUAGUGAGAAAGAGAAAAGGGAAAGAGAGAGAAAGAGAGAGUGAGCGUGACUGUUAAAGAGCGAGGGAGACUGUGAGAAAGAAAAGAGCAAACACGAGAGAGAGAGAGAGAGAGAGAGAGAGAGAGAGAGAGAGAUACCGUGAGCUCCAUCCUCAGCUUUCAGAGCUUGGAGGAGAGGAGGCUCGUGCACGCGCUAAGGUGGACAUCACGACACCGUCUUGCUGCUGUUCUGAGCGCGUUUUCCGUCAGGAUGUGAGGAUCUGUGAGGAGGACACACACCGGCGGAGGACACACACACACACACACAUACACACACACACACGCCCAGGCGGAGGAUCAGGCAGCUCGGCUGAUUUGUUCAGCACUCAUCGCUGGAUCUGGACGCGUUCGUUCUUCAGCAGCUGCCACACGCGCGCGCGGCGCUCCGUCUUCAUCAAGUCCGCGUGAAGUGACGCGACCGCCGUGCGCGCGCUCUGCGCUCUGCGCCCCGGGUGAAGAGCAACAGCCUCGUGCCAAACAACCUCCAGUUCAUUUCUUCCUGAUGACUGUCUGUGGAGAGGUGUUACACUGCUCACGAGGGUGCUGUUUGGGUUUGUUCGUGCUCUCUCUCUCUCUCUCUCUCUCUCUCUCUCUCUCCACAUUCUAACAAGUGCUGCUGAUUUCCACAUGAACGCGUUUGAACGAUGUCGUGACGUCACCUGCAACUCAUAAAUACGACUUGUGUCAUUUUCCGGCAUAGAAGUGAAGUUGUGUCGUACAGCUUUAGGAAAAGGGUCAGAUCUAGCACCAUAAAGGGUUCUCUAGUUCCUCUCUGUAGGAGAACCCUAAAGGUUGUCUAGAUGCCUACAGCUAAAGGUUUCCAUGGUAGAAAGCUAUGAAGUAAAAACCUCUGUAGAAAGCUGGAACAGUUGACAUUAACAUUAGCAGUGGUGUGAUUUCCUCUAGGAGUUAACAUAGUAUUGUAAUAAAAGGUUCACUUCUUCUUACAGAAAGCAGAAGAAAGCUGAAAACUGAGCAGAACUGCAUGCUGCACUUUAAAAACACUUUUCUCCAUAAGACAUAAAACAAGCCAACAUUUCCUUCCAUAAUGUUGGAUUUCUGACAUGACCACAUAAAUGUCAAAAUUACAAAGAAAGUCAUCCAUAAGGAGAAGGAUUCAGAGUAACUUGUAGCUCUACUUCAUACACAAGUCUCAAUUUUGUUGCUUUGUGAUGUUGAAAAUGAUCAUCGUCCAAUUACGACUUACGCCUCGCAACAAACUCGUAAAAACGACUUGUAAACUCGUGUAAUUUUCAUUGUGUCUCAUACACUCUUUCAGAAAGGUUAGAUCUAGCACCCGAAAGGUUUCUUUAGUUUGUUGUUCUCUAGAACACUACAACAAAAAGGGUUUCUUCAGAAUAUUUAACAUUAACCAUCUAAAGAAGUUUUCUAAAAUGGUAGCUGUAGCUCUGAGGUUUUCAUAACAAGCAUGGUAUACUAACAACAAUUUUAUUUCUUCUUAACCAACAUAAAGCAAACAGUAACAUAAAGAAAGCAGUGCGAUACGUUUUAAUAGCAAUUUCUCCAAAACCCAAUGACCAAUAAACUAACCAACAUUUAUCUACGUAACAGUUUAUUUCUGAUGUGACCACGUAAAUAUAGAAAUUACGACUUAUAUUACGAAAAAAAUUGCAUAAGUAUAAACACCAAGAUUGAUUUAUGACAUUUAUUCCGUGUAAACUGUUGUUCUAAUGUUACCCACAAUGCUUGGAGAAACAAUUGUGUCCCUGUUUUCUUAACGAUUUUAAAAACAGCUUCGUGAUUCUCGUAGCUUAAUUACGCUUUACGCCUAGCAACAAAUUCGUAAAUACAUCUUCUGAAGUUUGUCAUUUUCAAGGAUCGCUGAGUUCGGCGAGUUUUGUGACGUAGCCUAUUUAAAAACCCGUUGGUGUUUUGAGUUGUGACGUUGAUGAGGCAUGUUUUGCUAAAACAACUGAACAGAGCUGUAGAUUUCAAUAACGCAAAAUCCAAUAAAUCAAAAACUACACUGUCCGUUCUUUUUGUUUAGUUCUGACGUGACUAUCUGAAUGCGUGCCAAGCGUAACUGUGACUCACAAAGUCAUAAAUACGGAUUUACGAGGGGUUCACGAGGCCCGAAUCACAGUAUUAAUCUUUUUUCCGUCAGAACUCUCGAUCAAACGAGUGAUUUUUUUUUCAUUUUGCGUAGGCAGGAAAUGGCUACUUAAAAACGUUAUGCAGAUUUAGACUUCUAAACCCAAGCGCCGGUUCAUGUCGAGUGGCUCUUGUUGUUGAGAGCAGCCGUGAAAUUAUACUGUCUGUGAGUGAGGAUCCAAUUAGCAGCUUCCAGAACCCUGAAUAGAUCCACCUGACUGAAUCUAAAAUGCACAAAUCAAAAUAUUAUUGGCUUGAAGGGUGAAACACGUGUCCACUACUGAUAAAUCAAACAGAUAUAUUGAUUAGUUGUUGACUGAAUGGAUCUCAAAGUGAUAGACCUGACACUGACUGUAUAAAGCUGCUCAUACUGGAGUAUCACUGGUUGGGAUUCUGGAUCAUGUGCACGCUGUAGGCACGUUCAAGUCGCAAGUUUUCUGGCUUGUGAGAGAAGCAGGAGUCACUCCUGCUCCUGAAUGAACGCCGCCAAGACGAUGGAUGUGAAAGUGGAGCCGGCUGCAGAGAUAGACAGAGAUCAUCCGCCUCCUCUCCAGGUGUUCGCUCUCACGUCCACGCUGCACGGCAUCGCUCACAUCUUCUCCAACGAGAGAGUGACGGCGAGAUGCUGCCUGUGGCUGCUCUUCUUCCUCGGCUCCUUGGGCUUCCUGCUGUACGUCUGCAUGGACCGAGUUCAGUUCUACCUGGAGUUUCCGUACGUCACCAAAGUGGACGAGAUCGUGGCUCCUGCCAUGCUGUUCCCCGCCGUCACCAUCUGCAACCUCAACUCCUUCCGCUUCAGCAAGGUGACGCGCAACGACCUGUACCACGCAGGGGAGCUGCUCGCAAUGCUCAACUCCAGAUACGAGAUUCGGGAUGUUCACCUGGUUGAGGAGAGCGUUCUGGAGGCUCUGAAGAUCAAAGCUGACUUCCAGAACUUUAAGCCUCGUCCAUUUAACAUGCUCGAGUUCUAUAACCGAACGGGCCACGACAUCAGAGACAUGCUUCUCUCGUGCCACUUCAGGGGGAAGCCAUGUCGGCCUGAAGACUUCAAAGUGGUGUUCACACGCUAUGGGAAGUGCUACACAUUUAACUCGGGUGAGAGCGGUCCACCACUGCUCAGUGUGAAGGGCGGGAUGGGGAACGGCCUGGAGAUCAUGCUGGACAUCCAACAGGAUGAAUAUUUACCUGUGUGGGGAGAAACAGACGAGAUGUCUUUUGAAGCAGGGAUCAAAGUUCAGGUUCACAGUCAGUCUGAGCCGCCGUUCAUCGAUCAGCUGGGUUUUGGCGUCGCUCCAGGAUUCCAGACCUUUGUGUCCUGCCAAGAGCAGCGGCUGGUGUUCCUGCCACCUCCGUGGGGGAACUGCAAGAUGAAUUCGCAGGACUCCGACUUUUUCAGCACUUACAGCCUCAGUGCAUGUCGCAUCGACUGCGAGACGCGCUAUCUGGUGGAGAACUGCAACUGCCGCAUGGUGCAUAUGCCCGGUGACGCCCCGUACUGCAGCCCUGAGCUCUAUAAAGUGUGUGUAGACUCGGCACUCGCGUACCUGUUGGAGAGAGAUAACGAGUACUGCAUGUGUGAGACUCCGUGCAACACCACGCGCUACAGCAAGGAGCUCUCUUUCGUCAAGAUCCCCAGCAAAGCCUCCGCAAAAUACCUCGCCAAGAAAUUCAGCAAGUCCGAGAAGUACAUCACAGACAAUGUUCUCGUUCUCGAUGUCUUUUUCGAAGCUCUGAACUAUGAGACCAUUGAGCAGAGGAAAGCCUAUGAAGUAGCAGGACUGCUGGGUGAUAUUGGAGGACAAAUGGGACUCUUCAUUGGAGCGAGCAUUCUCACCAUUCUGGAGCUCUUUGAUUAUCUGUAUGAGGUAGCAAAAUACAAGUUGUGUCGCUGCUCAGACAAGAAACAUCAGAACAACAGCAGUGAUCACGACACGGUGAUGGGGCUCAAUGACGUCAAAUGUCACGUCAGCCAGUUUCAUUAGCGACGUUAAUGUUAUAAACCAACGCAACCAGUGUUUCGCUAAACAGCCUGCAGAGCUGUCAAUAAACUGUCCUGUACAUCCUAUUUCUCCUGGCGCAUAAUACAGAUUAUAUUUAGAUCACUGUUAUUAUGCAAAUUCAUAUAUACAGCAUAUAUAUAAAUAUAAAUAUAAAUAUAUAAACUUAGGUGAAAAAAGUCCAUUUAUAACCUGGCAAUCUAUGAGGAUGAUUGCAUUUUGAAUUUCAUUCUCACAAGCUUUCCCAAAAGAGGUAAAGACGUGCAGAGAAAUCAGAGGUGGGUGUUUGUACUGAAGUGUGCAAUGAAAUAGAAAGAAAGUGUGUAAAAAGAUGUUUUGUUUUUAAGAGAAAUGCUCGAAAAGUUUUUUUUUUAUCAUUUUCUGUUUUGUGAUUCUCUUUGAUAUUGAAUGGUUUAAGCAACAGACUCUCCACUAGAGUCUUUUCUAGUGUGUUUUCUGACCUUCAAGGUGUGUUAGAGUGGUGUGUUACAGCUGUACUCCAAAGUGUUUAUCAUGUUUUGAAUCAUUUCCUGUUCAUUAUUUUUUUUUCUUUCUUUUGUAUUUUUCACCCCAAUUUCUCCCAAUUUCUCCUUUCCCAAUUCCCCUCCACUAGCUAGCUCUCCGCUACCACACAAUAGCUACCAAACAGAAAUGGUGAAGGCUAUCUCGCUGUGUUUAUUUGGUGUAAAUAAAUCCUUUAUUUGUAAUUACAUCUUAUUUUUACAUAUUUGUUCUCAUUUAUUACCCAAUUUAUUUAACAGCAGCCAAACCUGUCGGAAUAUAACAUUCUGUAAUCAUAACAACCACCAUCUGUUCAUCACUAACAUUAGCUAAGUUAGCUAGCUAGUUAGCUUAGCCUGCAGGUUCUGUUGAUAACCUUUUUGGUGUAACACAUUGUCGUGCUCGAAUAAUUUGCAUAUUGAAUGUGAUUAUAACGUAUCUUCCUUGACCUAGCCUAAUUUGUUAUUUAUACCUGUUGUCAUGGUUACAUAGUAUCAAGUAUCAUUAGAGGUGUACUGAUAUAAGAAAAUAUCAGACACCUACCAGCCAAUCAGAAACGAGUAUUUUCCAUAACCAAUGGUAUAAUAUAUACUGUAUUAUCAUUUUAAAGCAGGAAGCUGAUUGCACAGCUGCCUGAGGUCAUAUUAUAGUUAAAACAACACACAUACAUACACACACACACAUUCCAAUGUGGGCUCCUUGAUGAUGUCAUCAUUCUGCACCCGCUCACAGUGUGAUGCUAAACUGGAGACUCGGCCAGCGACUUUGCAUGAAAGCUCUCGACUUGUGUGUGUAUGCAGUGUUAUGUCUGUUGGCAUGUUUGUCAUAAGAGUUGUAUUGCUUCUCUGAGUGUGCGUGUGUGUGUGAGACUGUGUGUGUGUGUGUGUACGUGUGUGUGUGAGUAGGUGUGCCAGCAUUUGUGUGUGUUUAUGUGCAUGUCUGAGAAUGCGUGGAUGUCCAUGCAUGUGUGUGUACUUGUGUCAGUUAUGUUCCAUGUCCUGCAGGGCAGAUGAGUAAUUUGAAAAGACGAAACAAGUGCAGAUGAGAUUUCAGACCUUGAUGUCAAACCACACCAAACUUAAAAUCCAAAUAUCAGUAUACAGGCCGCCUGCUAUGUUUAUCCUUCAUGGUGGAGUUGCAUCCUUCUAGCUCUGUGGUGGCUGUGAUGAUUUAGGUGCAGUGUGUGUGUGUGUGUUAGGGAUGAGCGAUAUGACAAAAAAAUCAUAUCAUGGUAUUUGAAGACAAUAUGAUACGCUAUAUGGAUCAUGAUGUAUAGGAUGACUAACAAACUGCAGGCUAAACAGUGUUGCUUUUAAAAACCUAUGAGAAACUGUGAAAAUAUUAUUUAACACUGAAAAAAGAAAUAGGAGGAAAAAUUUGAAUUUGAAAAUUCUGAGCAAAAUGUUAACAUUUUACAAUUUUAAAGGUUCAAUGCAAUCAUCUAAUUAGAGUUUAUAACUAGUAUUUAAAAAUAUGUUUAAAUAUAUAGGUUUACUAACAAACUGCCUGAAAAACAAUAGUGUUGAUUUAAAAAAUAUACAAACACUGAAAAUUAAAAGGAGGAAAAUUUUUUAAAAAUAUCAACAACAUUUAACAUUUUAUAAUUUUAAAGAUAACAAUUUAUUUUACCAACAAACUGCCUGCAAAAAUAGUAGCACUGUUUUUUUUAAAAAUAUGAAAAACUGAAAUUAAUUAACACUGAAA